GAGACAGUUGUAGUCAGCAAGUUGCCUUUAGUGGGGAGUGCUGGUCAGAUCUUAGCAAUGGAGUUCAGAGCUUGGCUUAGUGUUGUUUUGGUGCUGUUUGGGAUUGGCCUCCAAAUUCAGGCUAAAACACUGCCUGACUGGUUUAAUCGUGAGGAGCAAGACCGAGCGGGUCUUUCUGACUGGUCUGCACAUAGUCUGCUAGAGGAGGACCUUGCUGAGGAAUCUGUUGGUGAAUCUUCGCUGCCAGAGCCUCAGAGUACUGUUCAGGAACCUGUGCGCAAAGAGCUCAAGAAGCGUGCUCAAGAACCUGUUUCCCUUCAGUCCAAGCAAACACUGCAAGGUCCUGUGAAGCAGCUGUCAUGGAGGUUCCCAAAGAUGCCAGAAAAACCCAAGGAGCCUGAGAGGCCAUUUGUGCUGAGGGAGCCGGUACCAGCCAACUCCGUGGCUGUGAGGUGUAGGGAGGCUGAUGUGCAGGUGGAGGUGAACCAGGACUUCUUUGGCACUGGCCAGCUGAUCCAUCCAGCAGAUCUAUCUCUUGGUGACUGUGCUGUCACAGGGGAGGAUCCUUCUGAUCAAGUUCUGGUCUUUGAAUAUGAACUUCACAGAUGUGACCGCAAGAUUCAGGUGACUGAGGAUGAACUGGUGUAUAGCUUCACACUUCAGUAUGCACCUAAAGCUCUUAAUGGAUCUCCUAUUAUAAAAACAAACGGUGCUACAGUUGACAUUCAAUGCCAUUAUCCAAGGGAGCACAAUGUGAGCAGUGAUGCCCUCAUGCCCACCUGGGUCCCUUUUGCUGCCACUAAAGCUGCUGAGGAGGUCCUGGUCUUCUCCUUGAGACUCAUGACAGAUGACUGGGAGUUUGAACGUGCCACCAACACUUACUACCUGGGAAACGUCCUGCACAUUGAAGCCUCAGUGAUCCAGUACAACCAUGUGCCUCUGCGUGUGUUUGCCCACUCCUGUGUGGCCACUGCAGUCCCUGAUGUGAACGCAUCACCCAGAUAUUCCUUCAUUGAGAACCAUGGGUGUCUCGUUGAUGCCAAGCUGACCGGCUCUGGAUCUCGCUUCCUGCCCAGGGUUCAGGAUAACCGGCUCCAGUUUGAGCUGGAGGCCUUUAGAUUUGCCCAGGCAGAGGGUACUACUAUCUACAUUACCUGCCAGUUGGUGGCAACUGCAGCAUCAACAGAUUCUGACCACAAGUCUUGCUCCUUCUCUGAUGACCGAUGGACCAGUGCUGACGGGAAUGACCAGAUGUGCCGCUGCUGUGACUCUACCUGUGGACCGACCAGGAAGACUCGGGAUGUGUCUGCAGAUGAACAGUGGGUGUCUGAGGCAGUUUUGGGGCCCAUGCUGAUCAAGGAUGCGUACUGAGAUGUUGGCCUUUGUCUGCAUUUUAAAUAAAAAUACCUUAAUUUGUCUUGAA